AUGCCUAGAAGAAGACACGAAGAAAGAUCCUCCUCCUCCUCCUCUUCUUCCUCUAGAUCUAGCUCGUCUAAUCGAACUAAAAGCUCUCCAUCUCCCUCUCGCUCAUCAUCUUCAAGCAGCCGCUCUACUAGUAGUAGUAGUAGCAGUGGCAGAUCUUCUCCUCGCCCUCGAUCAACAGCUUCACAAAGCCCGUCUUUUCACACCGAAAAAUCUUCUCCACGUCCUUCAAACCACAGUUCACCUCCCAAGACUGAAAGAUCUACCCCACGCACUGCAAGCUACACUCCAUCUCCUCAGACUGCUCGUCAUGAGUACAACCACUCGAGCGGAAGUACUACUAACGAUACUAGUAGUAGUGAUGAUGGUCAUGACUUCUUCCAUGACUUCUGGAGACGUAGUGGUAGUAGUGAUGAUGACGAAGGGAUGUCUUCUGGUUUCAUAGACACAAUCAAGGAUGCUAUAAAAAGCUACCGAACCUCCAAGGAAGAGGACCCUGUAGCAGCAGCCGAAGUUGCAAGUAGCAGGGGUUCUAUUGCAUGUGUCACUCAAGCAAAAGCUUUCCAAGAUUGCCUGGACGAGAAUGAAACAGACAUCAGUAAAUGUCAGUUCUUGAUGGAGAUGUGGAGCAAGUGCAAGAAGAGUUCCAAGCCAACCACCUAA